AUGCAGGUCAUGCCGAUACUCAUUGCGGACAACAUGGAAGGGUGCGAGCCUGAGGUGAAGGAGCAGCGGUUCAAGGAGGUGAGGGCGUUCAGGAGGUACGCGGUGUUCUACAAGUCGCUGCUCGGCGUGAACAAGCACACCGAGAGGACACUGAGUGACGUGCGGCAGAAUGCGUACUUUGCAGGAGGCAUUUCAGUCGCAAGCGUCCGAGUGGAACUUACCGAUCUCAUUGACGGCAUCAUGCUCCGCGGGAUGCCGUACGAGUACUCAACGAAUCUGUGGGAGCACACUCACAAGGGCACUGUGAAGGUCCCCGUGCGCGGUAGCAACUGGAAGGACAUACCCCGACGCAUCGUGGAAGAGGAGGUGCAGCGGGAGAUCACGCGCGAGGUGGCGGCCCUCGCAGGGGGAGGAAGGCAGUACGUCAGUGCGCUGCGUGAGGCAGUACGGCUUCAGACGUAUGUCCUGACGCGGAAGUCGAGGAAUGCGGACGUAAGCGACGAGGAGGACGCAGUGCUGUGGGCGUACAAGGAGGCGCUGGGAUCAGACAUGAAGGAGCUUGGCAGGUGCCUGGCUGCUGCUAGAGUGACGAACACGGCCAUCAAGGUCCACACGGCGGUGGCCAUUCCGCGGACACGUGGUGGGGAGCUCGUCGCAAGAGGCACGUUUGUUAAGGCCAGCCCGUCCGAGAAGUGGUUUUCGGACGUUGCAGUCAAGGCGAAGAAGGAUAAGGAGGAGUGGUACGCACGAUGCCUGUGCGUGUUCCGCGCAACUGACGAUGACGGAACGGAGGGGAGGUACGCCUAUGUGAAGUACUAUGAGGCGGCGGGCUUGUGCCCCAUGACAACAUGCGUGCAGCUGUCGCCUGGACGGGUUGCCACACGCUACUCCGUGGUGGAUGUGGAGUGCAUUAAGCGUGUGGUGCAUGUGUGCAAGUCGUAUGUGAACAGGAAGGUCAUGCUUCUGAACAAGUUUCUGCUGUGUGAGUAG